GUUGUUUUACUAUGACGCAUGCGCUGUACUUCAUUUCCGUUCAAUUUCAACAACUUGGAAACUUUUAUCCCAAGUUGGUUGAAAUAUGGCAAAUAUCGCAGAAGCAAGAAUCCGAAGAGAGUUCAAAGAAGUUGUAAAAAGCGAAGAGGUGGCAAAAUGUCACAUUAAAGUGGAACUAGUGAAUGACAACUACACAGAACUUCGUGGUGAGAUUAUUGGUCCACCUGACACAGCCUAUGAUGGAGGAAAGUUUAUUUUAGAAAUUAAGAUACCAGACACAUACCCAUUUAAUCCACCAAAGGUGAAAUUUGCUACAAAGAUAUGGCAUCCCAAUAUCAGCAGUGUGACCGGGGCCAUAUGCUUAGAUAUCCUUAAAGACCAGUGGGCUGCAGCUAUGACGCUAAGAACAGUACUACUCUCCUUGCAAGCCCUCCUGGCCACAGCAGAACCUAAUGAUCCACAGGAUGCCGUCGUAGCAAAACAGUACAAAGAAAACCAGGCUAUAUUCCUACAAACUGCAAGGCAUUGGACUAAUGUAUAUGCAGGAGGGCCCCACAGAGAACAAGUGCUGGAACAAAAAGUAGAACAAGUUAAAAAUAUGGGAUUUGAGGAGCACAGAGCGAGAGUGGCCCUCUCUUCAGCGAACUGGGAUCCAGAGCGCGCCACUGAAUCGCUGCUUAAUUCAUAACCCUGUGAUAGUGAUAGUUUCUUCCAAUUGUUUAUCAGAUAGUAUGGCUUAAAUGCACUCCAUUGUUCCCAAUCAAGCUGGCGUUCCCCCUCAAGUGAGUCAAAUAGAUGGUCUCUUAUUACCCGUGACAAUGUUGCUUUCAACUUUGAAGGGCAGUUUAUGUCAAAUGGCUUUUUAUUUCUUUGAUCAAUAAUGUUAUUUUUGACUGUUAAACGACCUUUUCACCCAUUUUCCUUCUUAUCUACUUUAUAAGAAAACCUAAUGUUAUUAAAAGGAUUUUAAAGUAUUAAUCAUGCUCCCAACAUGAUAAUAAGACUGUAACAUAUUUUUUUUUUUAAUGCUUUAAUUCUGCAUGAAAUGUAUCACUGACCAUUUUGAUGCUCUUUUAUGGAAUGUUAAUGUAUAUUAUUUCUGUCAUAUAAUUAGUUUUUAUUCAUAAAAACUGAAUAAAAGAAUAAUAAAUUUGCUGAUCUUGUACUCUGACAUAAGCAGCACUGUCAAAAAUGUUUUAAUUUAUGCAGUGAAAAUAUUGUAUAAUAUGAACCUUUUGUAUAUUUUUCAUGGGUGAAACCAUAAGGGAUGCAUGUCAUUUUAGGUCCACUUCAUGCCAUGGCGUGUUUCAACUGUUUGUUUUGCUAAAUUUAAAUAUUGUUCACGUUAUUUUAACACCAUGUUCUGUCUUUAUAAGUCAGUAAUCAUUUUGAAAUGGCCAGCCAGCAUAAUGUGUACCUUUCUUAUUAAAGGUUACUUCUUGAAAAUGUUAAAAGAGGUGUAUAACAAACCUGGUUGAUUUUAUUAACAAUAACAAGCUUGUUUGUUAAAAUUACAUGUAAUUAUAUGCAAAAGGAGUUUUCAUUUUUAUGAUAUUUUUUGCCUUAUCUUUAUAUUGGAUUUUGUGUGAUGACUUUGGUCUUGAAAUGGUAGUAAUAUUGUUUUACCAUGGACAUCUGUGCAUGUUCACAAUACUUGGGGCAAUAAUAAGUUUGUUUGAAUUUGAAAUGUUUGUUUUGAAAAGUGUCCCAAGAUAAUAAAGUUAAGUCAUUUAUUAUAAGUAGGUUGAUGUGAUUUGUUGAGACAUGUUUACUGUAUUUACAUGUUCUGCAAAGCUUUUGCGUUAUGCAUUAAGAUGUUCCAGUAAUACAAAUAAAAUAAAUAAGUGUGUACUGACCAUGUUUUGAAUGCAUGUAUUAAAACUGUUUGUAUUUUAUCAUCUCUGUAUGCUGUGUGAUUGAUAAUUCUAUGCUUUGUCAGGCUUCAAACUUACUUCAGCUUUUUUGGGGGAAAUAGGUCAUCAUACAAAUAAUUCUUAGAAGUUAGAUAUUUAAGCCCAUUCAGGUGUUUUGUAUGACGACUUGAAUAAACAUUUCUUUUGACAAGUUCCUAUCCCAACAUGCGAUGCACUUACUGCAAAGAAUGUUUUGUUUCUUGGCAUUUACACGUGUGUAUAAAUGGCUGGAAUGAUUGCUCAAGAUAGAUUUGCGAGUAUCGUAUAUUAAAACCAGGAGAACGCACUAAUGGCGUUUUUUUUGGUCUGAAUAAUUGAGUUGCUGCAUAAAACUCCAGAAAUCAUUGAGCGUUGGAAUAUAGGGCUUAAUGCAGUGGGUCACAUUUUGUCGCGGAUUGGCUGGCAAUGGCUUAUCCAGGACGACGCUAUCUGUCCGCUUUGGGUUUAUGUUGAGAAAAGCUUCAUAUUUAAUACGUCAACACGCCUGGUUGAAGACCGUCACGCCUAGUAUGUCUAGAUUCACAGGUAUAUAUAUAAUACUAUGUAUUAUCUGCAACUAUUUUGUUAAGCAUUUAGGGGAAUUUUUCUUGUUGAUUGUGACUCAUUUUAAUACUACUAGGAAUAAAAUUAUCCACACAUACCAUGAUUACAAUCAUGUUUGAUUUCGUUUUUCGAUUAUUGGUUAUGUAUCUUGAUUACGGUCGUAUUGUAUUAAAUAAAACAUGAAUAUUUAA